AUGUGAACUCGGAUUCUUUAGAAGUGACAAGAGGAACAGAUGUGUUUAGUUCCACAAGUUUUCACUAUCUUUUUUUUUUUAGUUUAUUUUUCAUCUGCUGCAAAUUGCGUUUGGAUCCCUGACUAACAGAUGCUGUAUAACAAUUAUACAAAAAAAGGGCUUUCCUUCUCUAUACAUAACCAUUGCCACAGACAUGCAGAGCUUGGAGGGUCUGAGUUGUAUGUGAUCCAAGGAGCCCUGAGAAUGGAGUUCCUGUAACAACUGCAAACAAAUUGUGGAGGAAAAAAUUGUAGCAUCUGUUUUUGAAGAACUUUUAGUGAUCGAGAUUCCCUCAGCUCCCUCAACAUUUACAAGGGAUUUACAACGAAAGUUCAUUUUCGCUGAAUCGAUGGAGAGAUCAUUGCAUUUCUUUUCCUGGGCUGUUAUUCUACUUUUGCAUCCCUGUGGAAAUCAGUCUUCGAUACAGGCUGUCGGCAAUUAUUCCAAGUCUUCAAAUCAUCCAGGUUUUCAGGUGUUGAAAUCAGCCUCACAUUAUUGGCCCUUGGAGAUGGUGAAUGGGAUUCAUGAGCUGCCAAAUAGCGGUGAUGGCAGAACAGGUCCUGACAGUGAAAGCGAUAUAACUGUCAGCAACUACAGCCUCACUGUGUUUCCUUACCAUAUCUCUUCUUCUGCUCAUUCCAAUGACUCUGCAUACUCUAACUCUUCUGCAAUUGUAGAUAUUGUGGAAGGGACAGUCAGCCAGGGUAUAUUCCUGAAUGAACACAGGGGAGACACUUUUCUUCAUUUUGGAAGUUCCAAAAACUCUUGUAUCAGUAAUCCAAGUAUAUGUGGCCCUGAAGGUGUAUCAUUUUCAUUUUUCUGGAAGAUCCAGAGCCAACAAGAUAAGAGGGAGCAGGAAAUAUAUACUACCCAUAACCAGCAAGAUCAGUCUCAAAACAGAGAACAGACACCACGGCAAACCCUAGCAUCUGGGAAUAAAGUAACAUCUAGUGGCUUUGAAGUUUACACAGACAAAAAUGAAGGUUAUGUGGGACUCUAUACACGAGAAAACCCAAAGCUGUGGAAGGCAAGCAUUAGCCCACCAGGACCAUAUUGGACACACAUCCUCUUCACCUGGACAUCAAAAGAAGGUUUAAAAAUAUAUAUGAAUGGAACUUUCAAUGCAAAUGAUUCCACGGGCCAGGUAUCUCUCAGUUAUGGAGAUAUGAAAGAAAGUUUAGUUCUUGGAACAAGUGGAGAUUCUUCCAAGCAGUAUGUGAAUGGAGCCUUUGAUGAAUUCAUCAUAUGGGAAAGAGCACUUACUCCUCAGGAAAUCUACCUGUACUUUACAGCUGCCACUGGUGAAGAAUCUCCUGUUACCUCAGCAGUUACACACAUUACCAGCACUUCCCUUCCUAUGGUGUCAACUGAUGCAUAUAAUCCUAUUAUAACUAACUUGACCAAAGAAGACUCACCAGUUGUUCUGAGUUACUUAGAGAUUAUGCCGCAUAUCUUGCCCAACAGAUCUUUAUCGAAAGAUAGCGCUGGCAACUUAACACAGGCUUUCUUAAAAACUGUGGAAGAAGUUCUGUUAUUACCCACUUGGUCAGAUGUAUCAUCAGUUAAUCCAGAUGUUGGAGGGCUCAUUGAAACUGUUGAUAAAGUGAUGGGGCAUAUGGUAAUCAACCUCUUGGAAAACCCAGCUGUCAUAGUAACACUGGAGGGCAAAUCAUCUGUAGCUGAUUAUUCAAUGGUUAAAGUGCCUCAAGCUUUGAGUUUGCCACAUUAUCGCUUCCCUUCAGAAGGACAAUCUUACAUCUCUGUACCAGGAGAAGCCUUUCACAGUAAAUAUCGAACCACCAUUGUUGGCUUGCUGUAUCACACAAUGCAUCACCACUACAGGAAGAUUAAACCUAGUGAUACCAAGAUUUCUGGAGCAGAUCUGCAUGAAGAAUACAUGUUUUCAGCUACCAGUUACCUUAUUUCUUUAAAAGUUGAGCCACCCCCCUACCUGUCCUCAAAUCUCUCCGGGUCUCCUCUUAUAACCAUUCAACUUACACACAUUCUGACUCGUCGCCUGUUCAUAGAAGCCAUUAACAGCAGUAACCAAGUCCACCUGUACUGUGCCUUUCUAGACUUCAGUUCUGGUACUGGUGUCUGGUCCAAUGAAGGAUGUAUCCGUGUUGAUGGGAACCUAAAUUACUCUGUCUGUCGGUGCAACCAUCUCACAAACUUUGCCAUCUUGAUGCAAGUGGUGCCUGUAAAGCUUUCCAAUUCCCACAAGGUGGCGCUGUCCUCCAUCAGUUACAUCGGUUGUUCCCUGUCCAUUUUCUGCCUGGCAAUUACACUGGUCACAUUUGCUAUACUGUCCUCUGUAAGCACAAUACGAAAUCAGCGAUAUCAUAUUCAUGCCAACCUGUCCUUUGCCAUUCUGGUUGCUCAGAUCCUGCUUCUCAUCAGCUUUCGUUUUGUGUCUGGGACGCUACCUUGCAAGAUCAUUGCCAUCCUUUUGCAUUUCUUCUUCUUAAGUGCUUUUGCCUGGAUGCUGGUGGAAGGGCUCCAUCUUUACAGCAUGGUGAUCAAGGUGUUUGGAUCGGAGGAGAGCAAGCAUCUCUAUUAUUAUGGAAUUGGAUGGGGUUCUGCGCUUGUGAUCUGCAUCGUGUCUGUGACAUCUGCCCUGGACAGUUAUGGAGAAGGUGGCAAUUGCUGGCUUUCUUUGGAGAAGGGGGCGAUCUGGGCAUUUGUAGCUCCUGCACUGUUUGUGAUAGUGGUCAAUAUUGGUAUCCUUGUUGCAGUAACCAGAAUUAUCUCCAGAAUUAGUGCUGAUAACUACAAAGUCCAUAGGGAUGCCAAUGCUGUCAAAUUAACAGCAAAAGCAGUAGCUGUCCUACUGCCAAUCCUUGGAAGCUCCUGGAUCUUUGGUGUUCUUGCCGUAAACGACCAAGCAAUUGUCUUUCAGUACCUGUUUGCCAUUUUCAACUCAUUGCAAGGCUUUUUUAUCUUCUUAUUUCACUGUCUACUGAAUUCCGAGGUAAGAGCCGCGUUCAAGCAUAAAACGAAGGUCUGGUCCCUCACAAGUAGCUCCAUUCGCAACAUCAAUGUGAAACCUUUCAACUCUGACAUAAUGAAUGGGAACAGAAUGAACACAUCUCCGACCAAGAUGAAUACGUGGGACAAAAGUAGCAACUCAGCCAAUCGGAUUGAUUUGUCUGCAGUCUGACCAGAAAAUUAUUCAACAGUCAUCAGUAAAAGUCUCUGGGCUCUGAAGGGAAACAUGUUUGGCAGAAUAUGUCUCACUCAUUGGUCCCAUUGAGUGUGAGAUAUGUCCCAUUGUUUGCUACCAGGGGCCAUAUUCAUGCAUCCAAAGCCACAAUGUUCAUGCAUAGGAAUUAUUUUGUGUUCCUAGUCUAAAACGUAAUUGUUUAUUUUUGUCAACAUAAUGUAUCACCACAGCAACACAACUCUCUAUAUGGUUUAGUUCUAACAAUAAGUGCCAAGACACUCUGGAUAUCAAUUUAAACUGAAAAGAAAAAUAAAUGUUGUACUUUGUAUUACACAACUUUGUAAAACCAAUCAUCGCAGAAUUACUUUCAUUAACUUCUUGGACUUUUACGAAAAAUAACUUUCUGCUUUCCUUGACACAUCCUCCACACACAUAACAGUACUUGGAUGGAUUUUGUAAUGAAAAAUCUUUCUUACAGCCAUCUGAGCUCUGCUGAAUAUCCCAUUCAUCCGUUUAUACUCGGAAACCCUCUCUGGUAGAGAGGUAAAGCAAUGAGAGAUCCUGAUGCAUAAAUAGGUAUUUUAGUUUUUAGUUUUUUUCUCUAAGAACUGUGAAUAAACUGGCACCAUGACAGACACCAUUAUCCAUUUUUGAUUUACCCUUUCCGGAGGACUGGGUGCAUUGUAGAGACACAAUAGCUCUUAUCUGCUGUGUGCAUUCUGAACCAGAGCUAUAGCUAAGAUAUAAAGGGAAUGGUAACAUGACCAUACAUUGAAAAAAAAAUGUUUAAACCUAGGAAAGAAAUUAUUUGUUCGCUUUAUAAAAGUGAACUGCAGCAGACCAAAGUAAAGCUUAGACUAAAUAAACACAAGUGUGUAGUUUUUGUUGUCUAUUUCCUUAUUUAUGUU